CCAUAAAUCAUUCUCACAAGUCAGUGGUGAAAUCCUAAAGAAGCCAUGGGUGCCCUUGGCAUCACCAUCGCCCUGUUGGUGUGGGUGGUCACGCUCAUGCUGAUAUCCAUCUGGAAGCAAAUCCACAGCAGCUGGAACUUACCCCCUGGACCUUUCCCACUUCCUAUUAUUGGGAAUCUUCUACAGCUGGAUGUAAAGAAUAUCCCCCAGUCCUUCACCAAGCUGGCCAAGCGCUACGGGCCUGUGUUCACCCUGUACCUGGGCUCACGGCGCACAGUGGUCCUCCAUGGCUACAAAGCAGUGAAGGAAGUGCUGCUGACCCACAAGAAUGAAUUCUCUGGCCGAGGAGAAAUCCCUGCAAUCGAAGAAUACAAGGACAAGGGAAUUAUUUUCAAUAAUGGACCCACCUGGAAGGAUGUCCGGCGGUUUUCCCUGAGCGUACUCCGAGACUAUGGGAUGGGAAAACAGGGCAACGAGGCCCGGAUCCAGAGGGAGGCCCAGUUCCUGCUGGAGGAGCUCAGGAAGACUCAGGGCCAGCCUUUUGACCCUACCUUUCUCAUCGGCGGUGCUCCUUUCAAUGUCAUAGCUGACAUCCUCUUCCACAGGCGCUUUGACUACAAGGACAAGACCUGCCUGAGGCUCAUGCACUUGUUCAAUGAGGACUUUUACCUCCUCAGUACGCCCUGGUUGCAGCUUUACAAUAAUUUUUCACAAUACCUACGCUACAUGCCUGGAAGCCAUAGAAAAGUAAUAAAAAAUGUGUCUGAAAUAAAAGCUUACACAUUAGAAAGAGCUAAGGAAAACCUUCAGUCACUGGAUAUCGAUUGCCCUCGGGAUGUCACUGACUGCCUGCUCGCAGAAAUGGAGAAGGAAAAACGCAGUGGAAAGCCUCCUGUGUACACAAUGGAAAAUAUUUCUGUGACCCUGGCUGACUUGUUCUUUGCGGGAACGGAGACUACCAGCACCACUUUGAGAUACGGCCUUCUGAUUCUCAUGAAGUACCCAGAGAUUGAAGAAAAACUUCAUGAAGAAAUUGACAGGGUGAUUGGACCAACACGCAUCCCUGCUGUCAAGGACAGGUUAGAGAUGCCCUACAUGGAUGCUGUAGUACAUGAGAUUCAACGAUUCAUCAACCUUGUGCCUUCUAACUUGCCCCAUGAAGCUACCCAAGACACCAUGCUCCAAGGAUACCUCAUCCCCAAGGGUACAGUCAUCAUUCCGACCCUGGAUUCCCUUUUAUAUGACAGCCAAGAAUUCCCAGAUCCAGAGCAGUUUAAACCAGAGCACUUUCUAAAUGAAAAUGGCAAGUUCAAAUACAGUGACUAUUUCAAGGCUUUUUCUGCAGGAAAACGGGUGUGUGUUGGAGAAGGCCUGGCCCGUAUGGAAUUGUUUUUGCUUUUGACUGCCAUUCUACAGCAUUUUAAUCUGAAGUCUCUUGUUGAACCAAAGGAUAUUGACCUGAAACCUAUCGCAAUUGGCUUUGGCUGCAUUCCACCACCCUUCAAACUCUGUGUCAUUCCCCGCUCACAAGUGUAAGGAAAACACCUAUCCCCUGAGUGCAGCCUAUGAGAGCCUCUUUUAGCUCAGAAAGAUGCAUCUCAGUCAGUAAGGACCAGCAGCUCCACAAGAGUGAAUUAGACCAGAGACAGGCUUUUCAGAGUCAAUCUUCAGAUAACUUGCCACAAAAUUCAAAGAUUUGUUAAACUAAACAUAAAUCUGUUCAAGGAUGUGUAGAAAUCUGGGAAACAAUGGUAACUAAGAAUCUCCCACUUUGACUUUAACCUCCUCUGAAAAAGUAGGAUUGUUUACUCACCACAGUCAGUAUCUACAAAAGACAAAUAAAAAGCAGUAGGAGUAGUGUAGAGAAGGCAGGAUUUAUUAGCCUGAUCUAAAGCAGUUCCACUCUCAUCUUGUUCCUUAUCUGCACUAUGAGCAUCAGUCUUACAGUAUGUAUCUUAUGGUAAAAUAUGCAUAUAACAGUAAGUAUAGUGACCUGUUAUCAUCUCUUAAUAUUAAAAUGCGACACUGUACCUGAAAAAAGAUUCUAGGCAAAGAGAUGCCCUUGGUGGAAUGAAAACAGAUUAACGAUAUACCAAGUUUCAGUGGAUUAAAUGUUAAUAUAGUAAAAUAGAAGAGAAGCUAAGAGGAUCCUAUUCCCUUCAGCCCAUAUACACCAAUGAGCCCUUGAUAUGCACACCACUGUGGCUCAUUUUCUCCUUCCUCCUAUAAAGAUGAUAGCAGACCCUUUCCCUGCCACACUUCCCAGCACACUAUGCAUUCUGUAUAAAUACUCCUUAAUAAAAUGUGUGGUUCUUCAAGCCAGAAGCUCCACAUCUUUCAACCUC